AGAACAACCCCCUCUGGAGAGAAGACAAGAUGGCUGACAGUGACUGUGGGACGAAGCUAGCUAUUUGGCUAAUGUAAACAUUCCCCACACAGCAAACCGGAGCGGGAACGACGGCACCUGAUAGCUUUGUCUCGCCCUGCGAAUGAGAGUGUACGUUGUCACAAAAACAUACGUCAUCUUUUUUUCUUUUUUUUAAUUACGUUUCUUGUCAAAGACUCGUUUCGGAACGACGACAUUUACCAGCAAGACGUUGCGCCUGUGUGAUUUAAAGUUGCACGUCAUGUUUUUAAGAAGCAACUAAAAGUCUUAAUCUUGAAAGAUGAUGGCCAAGCGGUCUGAGCGUCGUGGAAUCCAUCUGGACCAGUCUGAGCUGCUGUGUAAAAAAGGAUGUGGUUUUUAUGGCAACACUGCUUGGCAAGGCCUGUGCUCCAAAUGCUGGCGAGAGGAGAACCAGAGAGAGAAACAAAAACAGAUCCAAGACGACUGGGCUUUAGCUGAAAGGCUGCAGAGAGAGGAAGAGGAAGCAUAUGCAAGCAGACAUCAGACGCCUCCGUCGCAGCCAGCUGUCAACUCUUUCAGCAAGUUUGAGGAACGCAAGACAAAGGAAAAGUCUAGCAAAGUCAACACGGUCACCAAAUUUUUCACUCCUUCUAUUAAAACACCACCAAAGAAAGAUGCUGCUGCCCCUUUUGAUGCUCAGUCCAGCCCAAGUUCCACCUCCACAGCUAACCGGGCUUCCUCUCUGGACAACGACCACGCGACAAGAGAGUUCAUCGACUUUCUUAAGCCUCUGAAAUACGGCCGACAAAUCUUUAAGCAAUGCCGGGCUUUCACUGAGAGCAUGGCAUAUAAGAGGGACAUGGGUGCUGACGACAUGUCUGAAUGUGUUCAGGACUUCUACCAGAAUCUCUCUGAUCGCCUCCAGACUCAGUUCAAAGGUUCCUCUGAGUAUGUAGAAGGCAUCAUGGAUGAGGUGGAAAGGUACAUGAUGACGCGUCUUUACAAGGAGGUUUUCUGUCCCGAAACCUCUGAUGACGAGAAGAAAGACCUGGCCAUUCAGAAGAGGAUCAGAGCUUUGCACUGGGUCACCAUUGAGAUGCUUUGCGUUCCAGUCGAUGAGGAGAUCCCUGAAGUGUCCGACAGUGUGGUUAAAGCUAUCACAGAUGUGAUCGAAAUCGAUUCCAAGCGAGUGCCCAAGGACAAGCUGGCGUGCAUCACACGAUGCAGUAAGCACAUCUUCAACGCCAUUCGCAUCAGCAAGAAGGAGGCGGCGUCGGCGGACGACUUCCUGCCAACGCUCAUCUACAUUGUACUGAAAGCAAACCCCCCACGGCUUCAGUCUAACAUCCAGUACGUCACCCGCUUCUGCAACCCCAGCAGGCUCAUGACUGGAGAGGAUGGCUACUACUUCACUAAUCUGUGCUGCGCCGUGGCCUUCAUUGAGAAGCUGGAUGGAAAGUCUCUUAACUUGACCUCAGAGGAGUUUGAUCUCUACAUGUCGGGCCAGGCUUCCCCCAACUUCCCGGCCAGCGGGCCGCCAUCUUGCACCGCAGGCAGCGCGGCGCUCAGCCAGGUCCACAAGCGCCUGGACCUGCUGACGGGCCUCGGUGAACGGCAAGAGCGCGUCAUGGAGAGAGCGCGCCAGCUGGAGAACGACCUCAUCGACUGGACGGACGAAGUGGAGCAGAAGGUGCACAGCGUUCUGGACAGUUUUGAGACGCCAAACGCUCCUAUUGCCACCACCACCGCCAACACCAGCUCGGCCACGGGGGACCCGCCAUCCUCCAUGACCAUUGACUCUGAUAAUGUUGAAAACGAGCACCUGCCGCCGCCGCUGCAGCCACAAGUGUUUGCUGGUUGAUGCUGGACCUGUCACUUACGGUCGCCGCCUGCAUAUGAAACAUCCCAUCCAUCUUCUAUAGCGCUUAUGAACUGGUCACCACUGGGACGGCACUGAGUGGGGAUUGAACCCACGCAAGCUGCACAAAAGUCAUCGACGUGAACCACAGGUGAGGAUACAUUUCACAAAGGCAUCAAAGUUAAAAUACCCCCAAUUGAGGCUACAUCUGCAGAUUCAACAAAUUGCUGUCUUAUUUACUGAAGAAGAGAAUCAUUUUCACACGCGCAUGCGUGUUGCUGCAUGGACAUGUUUGUUACAUCAUCCUAAACCUCUUACUCCUGCCAUGAGGCCAUUAUUAUACACACUGGGGUGCUGGGAUUUUUUAAAUAUUUACACUUUGGUUGCUCGACAUAAUCAACAGCUAAUGGAAAAACAAGAAAAACUGAAGUGGAACAAACUCUAUCUGUUGUGAACUUUUUAGUAUUUGAACCAUUUAUUUAAAACAUACCUACAGUAUAUACGAAGGAUAUUUCAGGUCACAUGGAUGUAUGUUUAAUAUUUCCUUCUUUGUUGCUAGAUUUUAAUCUUACUCUGCCACCAUUUUAUUUAAACCUUGAGGCUCUGUUUAAAAUAAACUGUUUAACGUUUGAUUCAUCUCAUAAAACUGGAAUACAUAGGUAAUAUAUAUGUAUAUAUAUAUACAGUUCAGGCCAAAAGUUUGGACACACCUUCUCAUUGUCAGGUUCAAACACUGAUGACAUCUAUUAAACAGACAAGAAGCAAGGAAUCAUGCAGAGACAGAGUUCAAUUUUGCUCAAUGAGGAGAGACGUUUUGGGCUGUACUCCAGUUACAGAAACAACCUACGCUCUAAGGUAACAGUCCCACAUGCUCCUCUAUUUAUUUGGGAGGUCCCUGGUUACAUCACUGAGGCUGCCUUUGAAGGAAGGGGGUAAUCUCAGCAGCCCCAGUUAGACACAAUAUAUGACUAUUCAUGAAAUGCAAAUGUGCUGACACUCGUGAUAUUGCCCUGUCUCUGCUCUGUCUGCGUCACGGCACUCGAUGUUCUCCCUUGGCAGUCAGCAGGCUGGUUCUGGACACAAACACUGGUACGAGAUGAUGUCCCUUUGCACAGAUAGAAAAGUACAACUUCAGCACAAUUGAUAAUAACUAUAGCAAUGGCCUUUAAGCAUAAGAGUUGUGUGAUAACUUACACAUAAUUAUUCUAACACUCAUUCAAUGCGUUUUCUUUAUUUUCAUGACUAUUUACAUUGUAGAUCGUCACUAAAGGCAUCAAAACGAUGAAUGAUCACAUGUGGAGUUAUGUACUUAACAAAAAAAGGUGAACUAACUGAAAACAUGUUUUAUAUUCUAGUUUCUUCAAUAUAGCCACCCUUUGCUCUGAUUACUGCUUUGCACACUCUUGGCAUUCUCUCCAUGAGCUUCAAGCACACCUGUGAAGUGAAAAACAUUUCAGGUGACUACCUCUUGAAGCUCAUGGAGAAAAUGCCAAGAGUUUGGUAGGUAGGUCUUUAUUGUCAUUGCACAAGUACAACGAAACUUUGUUUUCAUCUCGAACCUGUUCAAGGUUAGACAAACAGUGUACAGGGUUACAGAACAGGAACCCUGAUGGGUCGCCACAAGGCGUAAUAGAUGGGAAAAAGGUAAACGCUGGGGAAGGAUGAGUAAAAAAAUACAAUCUAGACUGGGCUCCUAAGGUGGCCCAGUCUGUAGUGGGAAAAACCCUCCAUAGCAAAGCACAUAUACAUAUUACAACAUCCAUCUCGAGACUAGCAACAGAGGGGAGGUAGUGGGGGCCACGGUGGGAGGCUGCAGCUCUUCAGGCUGCCCAUCCUUCCAUCACCCCUAAGGGAUUCGCGUCAAACCAGUAAUCAGAGCGAAGGGUGGCUAUUUUGAAGAAACUAGAGUAUAAAACAUGUUUUCAGUUAUUUCACCGUUUUUAUUAAGUGCAUAACUCCACAUGUGUUCAUUCAUAGUUUUGAUGUGACAAUAUACAAUGUAAAAGUCAUGAAAAUAAAGAAAACACAUUGAAUGAGAAGGUGUGUCCAAACUUUUGGCCUGUACUGUGUGUGUGU